GAUGGCACAUUCAUGUUGAGGUGCAUAUAAAACAAUUGUUAAUCUGAUACCUGUCUGUCUUCUUCAAUCUAUCUGAUGCAUCCCUGAGUGCCACUCAAACUCUUAUCAUGGAAAAACACGUGCUGAUAGUGACUUCAUGAAGAAAAAAAAUCCUCAAUCCCACAUGAAAAAAGUCCAAAUGUUCUUGAGCAAUUAAAUUAUCUACCUUUGAUAUCUCUUUGCCAGAAUCUUCCUUAUUAUUGUUUUCUGUCAGAGACGUGAGAACUCAAUAUUGAAUCCUAGAAAAAUGUCUGCCCAGGUUCCCGAUGUCGAGAAGUAUGCACCAUCAGAUUUUGGUAGUUCUGAGGCAUCUGAUAUCCUUGAUUUGAAAGACGAUGAAGGAUGGGAGGAUGCUGAGCCAGAAGAGGAAGAACAAAACCAAUUUGUGUCAUUAUUAGAUGAUGAAGUUUUCACCGAUAUGAAUGCUAUGAUUCAACAUUGCAAGGAGAAAUGCGGCUUUGAUUUCCUGGAAGUCAGGCAAAAGUUGGGCCUAGACUUCUAUGGCAGUAUCAAACUUACCAAUUAUCUAAGAUCUAAGACUCAGAGUGGUGAGAAGCCUUCGUCAAAUAUUUCCAUGGCCGAUUUGGAAGAUGAGAAAUACCUCAAGCCAGUUUUGGAGGACGACGCUUUUCUUUUUUGCCUGGAUGAUCUUCCUGAUAUCGUCGAAGAAAAUGAAGGCGCAGGAAAUGGCAAGGAAGUCGAAUCCGGACCCCUCGUCACUCGUGUAUCUGAAUUAGAAGAGGAGCUCAGAAAAAUUCAAUCUCAAUUUGAGAAUUACAGAAACACUGUCAAUGAAACCCUGGAUGAACGCUGGAACAAGUCCGCGGGACCUUCUGAAGCCAAAAAGGAGGAGAAGCGAGAUGAUGAUAGCCAAUAUUUUACUUCUUAUUCAUACAAUGAUAUCCAUGAGACCAUGCUGAAAGAUACUGUUCGUACCGAUGCCUACCGUGACUUCAUCUACAACAACAAGUCUCUUUUUGCCGGAAAGACUGUUUUGGAUGUAGGAUGUGGCACAGGUAUUCUGAGUAUGUUCUGUGCCAAAGCUGGUGCAGCUCGAGUGAUUGGUGUCGAUAAUUCGGACAUCAUCGAGAAAGCCCGUGAGAACAUCUUCAACAACGGCUUCGCCGAUAAAAUCACUUUACUCAAGGGUAAAGUUGAGGAAGUCAAUCUCCCUGUUGAACACGUCGACAUUAUCGUUAGUGAAUGGAUGGGCUAUUGCUUGCUGUAUGAAGCUAUGCUUGACAGUGUCAUUUGGGCUCGAGACAAGUACUUGAAGCCUGAUGGAUUAAUGGUUCCAAGUCACAUGAACAUGUGGGUUGCUCCCGUUGCUGAUCCAGAUUACGUCGCCGAUCACAUCGAUUUCUGGAGAGAUGUUUAUGGAUUUGAUAUGAAAGCAAUGCAAGCCGGAAUUCACGACGAUACACAAGUCCUCGAUAUGCCAGCCAGUACAAUCUGUGGCGAACCCUUCCCAUUCUUGCAACUGAGUCUGCACACAACCACAGUCAAAGAUCUUACAUUCAAGAGAAAAUGGGAGUCGAAGCUCACUCAGGAUGUCGAUACGUUGGAUGGCUUCAUGAUUUGGUUUGACAGCUUCUUCAUGCCCUCACGAAAAGACGAGGUUCCCGAGAAUGCAAAGGCUGAGGAAUGGGCCAAGGAAGAGAAAAAGGGAGUUGCAUUUACAACAGGUCCUAAAGCUAAGGUGACACAUUGGAAACAAGGUGUAUUGCUAAUCGAUACUGCCAAAUAUCAACCAGAGGGACAUAAGGCAGGCGAGCAGAUCAGUGGAGACUUAGAGUAUCUAGUUGCCGAUGAUUAUUCGAGAGCUCUAACUAUCGGCGUGGACUGGAAAUUCGAUGGCGAGGAGGCUGCCAAAUCUCAAACAUGGAAGAUGAGAUAAUUGUCUAGCUGGUAGAUAAAAAUGAUAAAGUGGGAUGAUUUGCUAAAGUCACGAGUACCAUGAAACCCUUGGUUGUAGGAUACACAUUUUCAGUUCCGCUGAAGUUGACCUUGCAAGAAUAGCUCUCGCUGGAGUAGAAACUCCAUACUUGUGGGAAGUAUUGAGUAUACUCGUAGUUCAAAUAAAGUAGAUCUCCACCA